UAAUUUGUUUAAUUUCCUUUAAUAAUCAGCCUCUGCCAUUGAUUUUCGGUUUGAAAUUUACGUUUUCUAGGUUUAGAUGUUCUUCCUUAGCUUGAUUGAGCACACACUCCGAUUGUCGCCUCAUCUUCUGGACCUUCCUCUCAGUGAAGCCAUCAAAGGAGAGCUUGAAAGUCUCUUCUUAGACAAGGUCGUUGCAAAUUUGGGGCUGUGUAUCUUUGUUAAUGAUAUCAGGUCUAUAGAUGGUGGUUUUGUCUUCCCUGGGGAUAGUGCUUCAACCUGUAUACUUAAAUCUAAAAUUUGGUUUUCAUACUUUAUCUAUCUCGGAUUGUGUCAUGCCUACAUAUUCUGCUGUCGAAAAAGAUGAUAGGCUGGACCAAUUUUUAUGGAAUGUCCAACUCUUCCAAUUUUUUUUGUGCUCAUAUAAUAAUUGAAAAUCAUGGUAUCUUGGCAGGUGGAGUUUAGAUUGGUUAUGUUUGGGUUGUUUGUCAAGGAUAUUAUCACUGCAAAACUUAAAAGAAUCGGACGCCAAUGGCUUAAGAAGUUGUGCAGCACAAAGAGCAUGCUGACUGUGAAUGAAAGCUUUCCAGGGCCGGUCAUUCGGAUUCAUAAAGGCAAUAAGGUGUAUGUGAAUGUGCAGAAUGAAGGUGAUUAUGGUGUCACUAAGAAAGAGGAAACUGUUAGGCAUGGAGUGAAGCAAACAAGGAAUCCAUGGUCAGAAGCAUGCAAAACAAGUGUUUGGUGCCUCAAGAGUCGCACUGCUACUUCAAGCACAAGAAAACUAGAGCUAAUGAAGAGCUUGGGAACUGAUUUGACGAUUGACUACACUAAGGAGAAGUUUGAAGAUUGGCAGAGAAAUUCGAUGUAGUUUACGAUGCAGUUGGUAAAUUCUUGUAUUUAUUGCUCAUUUUGAAGAGUCACUUAUUGCACUAUUAUCCUUUAUUUGAAAUGCCCUUUAUCCCACUUUAGCUUAUUGAAAUUUAAUUCCUCUGCUCCA